AUGAGAGCACUUCUAGUGUUGCUGUUUAGUGCACUCUGCUGCCGCGCUGCCGUCAUUGAGAGAUGCCUUACCGAACAAGAAUACCUAGCUCUCACUAAACCAAAACCUGGAGAGUUAAAAAUACGAACGAACCUUGAAUGGUACAACGAACAGCGUCGCCUUAUAGCUGAGGAACGCCAAAUAGCUAAUAUGCAUGAGUUGAAAUACGAUCAUGGACUGGAAGAAGAUGCGAAACGGAUUAAAACAUGUGAAGAUUUGAAACAUUCGCACAAUUUUCGCCUUGCGCAAUACUAUACAGAUGAGAGUCAGCGGAUUUGGUAUGAUUGGAGUCGAAACGCUCCAACAAGCUUUGACUACAACAAUUUUCAAGAUUAUUUUCACCCUCUUCAAACAGCUUUCAUAUUCUGCAACCUCACAACUGAAUGUAAUAGACCCAUCCAAAUUUGGGCCAAAACAUCUCAAAUGCCAAUAAAUAAUACAAUUAUAUUAGGCUAUCGUGGCACUUUCUCCGCAUCCGAUUUGAAACGUAAUCCGCCUGGUUCACAGUGUUCCCGUGGAAAAAACGAUAAAGGAUUGUGCAUUGCUCCUCCGAGAUCUGAAAUGGAGACGUCUGCUAACGAGAACAUUUUCUGUCUGAGCUCACUUAUCACUUGUUUGUCUGCAAUCCUUAUAACUUUUCAUCUAUGA